AUGUCUGGUGGAGCUGCUGCUGCGUCUGCCGCUGGGUAUGAUAGACAUAUUACGAUUUUCUCGCCGGAAGGGCGUCUAUUCCAGGUUGAAUACGCUUUCAAAGCUACAAACCAGACUAAUAUCAACUCUUUGGCCGUAAGAGGUCGUAAUAGUACAGUGGUGAUCAACCAAAAGAAAGUUCCAGACAAGCUACUGGAGGCUUCGACCGUUUCGUAUAUCUUUCCUAUCUCUAGGACCAUUGGGAUGGUCGCUAAUGGUGCGAUCCCUGAUGCAAGGAACGCUGCUUUGAGAGCUAAGGCUGAGGCAGCUGAAUACCGUUACAAGUACGGGUAUGAUAUGCCUUGUGAUGUCUUGGCCAAAAGGAUGGCCAAUCUUUCUCAAAUCUACACGCAGAGAGCUUAUAUGAGACCCCUUGGAGUGAUAUUAACUUUUGUGAGUGUAGAUGAAGAGCUGGGUCCCUCCAUUUACAAGACUGAUCCUGCAGGAUACUUUGUGGGUUAUAAGGCUACUGCUACGGGCCCCAAGCAGCAAGAGAUUAGCACACGUUUGGAAAACUCGUUCAAAAACAACUCGCUGAAUGUUGUCGAUGAGGAAUCUUGGGAAAAAGUGGUCGAGUUCGGUAUAAGCCAUCUAAUUGACUCACUAGGGACCGAUUUUACUAAGAAGGAUAUUGAAGUCGGUGUCGCCAUCGAGGGUAAAUUCUUCGUGCUGACCGAGGAGCAGAUCGAGGAAAGAUUGGUGGCUAUCGCCGAGCAGGAUUGA